AUGAACCAGAUGAACGUCGGCAUGAACCCUGGGAUGGCAGGCCCUGUGGGUGGUGUCCCGAUGAUGAACAACGGCUCCACGGCUCCUCGUAAUGACGGCACCAUGAAUAUCCCUGAACACAUGAUCAACAAUCUCAACACCUAUAUCUACGACUACUUCUUGAAGCGUGGUUAUCACGACUGCGCCCGCGCGCUCAUCCAGGAUGAAAACAUCAAACUCAACACUGAAUCAGGUGUUAAGACGAGUCCCGGUAAUCGGCGCGACGAUGUGAACGGACUUGAUAGCGAUGCGAUGAUGACGGAUGGAAAGGAUGGGGAAAAGAUCAAGAUCCCGGAUGAUCUCCCUCGCCCCAACCUCCACAGCGAAAGUCUGCAAUCAUCAUUCCUACUGGACUGGUUUAGUCUCUUCUGGGACUUUUUCUGGGCCCAGCGGAAGAAGGGCAACAGUCAGGAAGUGAGACAGUACCUCCAACAUACUCAGAACUUGAUGCGCCUCCGUGAACAGCAGCAAACUCACAUGAUGCGACCGCAGCAACCUAUGAUGCCCGGUCACAUGGGGAAUCAGAUGAACAUGCGUCCCCGCCCUGGCAUGGUUCAGCACCCCGGCAACAGCCAAUUAAAGACUGCAUUGGCGAAUAACACUACCGGACUAACCCCACAGCAGGUAGCCUUCCAGAAACAGCAGCAGAUGCAUAUGAUGCAGCAGCUGGCUCGCGAACAGUCCAUGGAGGACAUGAACGGGAACCGACCGCAAUCCCCUGCCUCCACGGACAAUGCUCCAUCGCCGUCGAAAAAGCCUCGCCUCGAUGGCCACCCGAACGGACAGCAGUUGGCUCCUGGAGGACGUGGACAAGGACAAGGAAUGCAGGGACAAAACCCACAGAUGAUGAUGCCGAACGGAAUGCCUCCGCGAAUGAAUGCUCAAUUCCAGCAGCAGUUUCCACCGGGACAGGUUGCAGCGCAACAAAAAUCCAUGCAGAUUCCGAAUGGUGGUAUGAUGAACCCCGGUGUGAUGCCAAACCAGGGGGAUCUGAUGACGAUGCCUGACGGCCAGACAAUGUACCAAAUGGGUGGAGAGUACUACAAUGCCAACGGUCAACUCACUCAGGUCCGUCCCGGAAUGGCAGGCACACCGAAUGGUCAGCACGGCGGCAACCACGCUCUCCAAGAUUAUCAGAUGCAACUUAUGCUGCUCGAGCAGCAGAAUAAACGCCGUCUGAUGAUGGCACGACAAGAGCAGGACACCAUGUCUCGUGAUGGCCAGCCGAUGCCACAGGGAGGCUUGCCACCAGGCACAUCCCCGAACAGUCGGACGGGCGCAUCACCAAACCCCAGCGAUCAAAUGAAACGGGGCACGCCUAAGAUGCCUCAAACCGGUCUCCCCGGAUCACCCAGCGCCGCUGACCUUGGCCAGAACCGAGGAUCACCAGGAUCUAUGCACCUCAACGGUCAGAUGCCUGACAUGGCAGCUCAGUUCUUCCCUGGACAGGGUGGGCCCAACAUGCGUCCCCCAAGCUCCAACCCAUCCUUUAGCGGUCCCCAGAUGGGCCAACCCAUUCCUGCCAAUGCUGCUAACCGCGUUCCUAGUGGUCAGUGGCCGCCAGGACAAAUGCCGCCUCAGCAUUCUCCUGCUACUCAGCCUCAAGUUGGUACACCGCAGGAACGAGGAAACAUGCCUCCACCUCAAGCACCGCCUACCGCUGGUGGUAACGCCGGCCGUGCCCAAGAGUCUCCUGCUGGCAGUAAUGCGCCACCUACUCCUCAGCCACCUUCCAAGCCUGCGCCCAAGAAGCGAGACAAGAAGAACCAACCCAAGGGAGGCAACAAGAAGGGCCAGGCUGCCGCUGCCGCCGCAUCCGCUGAGUCCGCCGACCCUUCGCAAACGCCGAACCCGCCAACUCCAGUCACGCCUCAUCCCCCUACUAACACCUUCAAGGGUGGAGCCAAUGCAAACGCAAAUGCACCACCUCAGCAAACACCGGCUGCCCCUCCUCCUCCGAUGGUUCAAUCUACUCCAGACCAGAGUCAGCCAUUCGCUACUGAUAUGAGCAUGACUGAUAACACUCCCUUCAAUCUCGACUUCAGCGCUCUGGAUAACCCCGAUAUCUUGGAGAGCUUUGACUUUGAUACAUUUUUGAAUACCGAUGCUGCUGGAACUGACUUCGGCUUCGAUCCCAGCAUGCCCUAUAACACCGAUGGUGUUGAGACUGGGGCCGGUGACGGUCUCUGA